AAACGAAGUUAGAGCUUCUUAUUUUCUACACUGUAAUGGCUUCUCAAAAAAUCCACCUCUUCAAGAAGUCAGCAAUUGAAGAUGGAACUCCUGAGUUGUAUUAUCUGAAUCCAUCUGAUAACUUAUGGAAAAUAGCAUCUGAAUGGAGAGUCGUUGAAUAUGAAGAUAUUCUUGUUUUGACGAUGCAUAUGAUUGGCAUUGGGGAUCUUGUUUCGGUCCUAAUGGAUGGAAAGUUUAUGAAUAUUGAAGUAGAGAAAGAAAACAAGGAAAAGGCUGCUCGUUUUCAACAUAAGGAUGGGAUGAAGAAUUUCUGUAUUGAAAUGAAUCCUCACUUUCUUAAGUUAGGAAUUACCCUUGAUCCUACUGUCCAAUUGUCUCAAGGUACUUCAAGGACUUUCAUUACCAAACUCACACCUGAAGAAAUCAAGAAAUAUGCUGAAACGAAGAAUGAUCCUAAACCCAAAGCUGAUGAAGAAGAAGACAAGGGGCCGUAUACUGUAACGAUCGAUGUUUCUCGACUCCCCUGAAGAAUUAAAGAACAACUUAAUGGUAAGAGGGGAAAUGGAAGGUGGUCUAGUCCUUGGUUUUUAAGUUUGCUGCUGCUAUUGUCUUUUGAAUUUUCUUUCUAGGUUUUCCUUUUCUUCUAGGGUUGGUUUAUUUAUGUCUUUUAUGAUUUUAGUUUCCUUUUGAAAGUUGUUAGAAGAUUGAUUGAUUUUCUGAUAAUCAGGAGGAUCACAAAAUGUAAUC